AUGAGUGAUUCGAUACCGGUGAAGAUUAAUUGCUUCCAUUCCGGUGUGUUCAAAUAUGAUGAAGAUGGGAAGCUAAAUUAUGUCGAUGGUUUUAUGGAUCAGUUCGAAGUCAAUGGUGAUGAAGUUUUUGAAGAAUUCCUGAAGAUCAUUGUUCUAAAAGUUAGUGUGGGGAGAAUGUGGUACAAGUUACCGUAUGAGGAUAUCUCAGAGAAGAAGGAGUUGCUUGAGAAUGGAGAGAAAAACAAAAAGAGGAUGGCAUCUAAUGGUCGUUAUUAUGGGGAACUUGAUGUCUUCAUAGAGAAACCUGAAACUAGUGAAGACGACGAGGUUGAUGCUGAGCUACAGAACGACGAGGUUGAUGCGGAGCUACAAAACGACGAGGUUGAUGGUGAUGAUGAAGCAGAAGAGAGUGAAGAUGAGUAUCAAGCGAGAGAUAAAUCUGAUGAUGAAGAGGAUCUUGACAGAAAUUUUGAAGAGGAUCUUGAGAUGUUUAGGGAUGAGAACUAUGAGGAUGAGAUUGUAGACGAUGAUGAGGUAUAUCCAGACACGGAACAGUCAUUUGAUGAUGAAGAGGAACAAGCUGAGAGGAUGGCUAAUAAGGGUGAAUUAGAUGGCGUUUUUAGUCUUAGGCAGACCUUUUACAGUGGUGAAGAGUUCAAGAAGCAAGUGAUCAAGUAUAUUCUGCAGUCAAGAAGAAAUGUAGUCUAUGACAGAUGGGAGAAGACAAAGAUUGGUGCUAAAUGCAGUGGUAGAGGUUGUGUGUGGCGUAUAUACUGCUCAGUAGAGAGACCCAUUCAUAAAUGGAUGGUGAAAGUGUACGUUAACACACAUACUUGCCAUCCCACAUGUAAGUGUAAACUCUUUAAAAGUCCUGCCAUUGCUGAAGUUAUGUUGGAGAAAAUUAGGAAGGAACCUGAAAUGAGUACUCCAAUGAUUAGAGAAGAGUUUAGGGAGAAGUACAACAUCAUUAUCUCCCCCGAGCAGGCAAAGAUUGCUAGGCGUAUUGUUCUUGAUAAGCUACAGGCCGAAUGCAAUGAACAUUUUGCAAGGCUAAGAGACUAUGAGAUGGAACUAUUACGUUCAAAUCCUGAUAGCAAAAUAGAGAUCAAUACAACAACGAAACCAAAUGAAGCGAAAGCAUUUCACUCCAUGUAUAUCUGUUUUGACAAAAUCCGCGUGGCAUGGAAGGAGUAUUGCAGGCCGGUUAUUGGAUUAGAUGGGACAUUCCUCAAGCACAUCUCUCUGCAAGGACUGAUUCUUACUGCGAUAGGAAGGGAUCCCAAUAACCAGAUAUACCCAAUAGCAUGGGUUGUGGUCGACUCUGAGAGCAAUGAUAAUUGGCAAUGGUUCAUUCACAGGUUGAAGAUUGAUUUGGGUUUAGGCGAGGGUGAUCUUGUGACAAUCAUAUCAGAUCAGCAUAGGGGAUUGAUUCAUGGAGUUGCUGUCGAGUUGCCAAGAGCUGAAAAUAGAGCUUGUGCUAGGCACAUCUACUCUAAUCUGAAGAAGAAUCAUAAGUCUGAUACACUGAAGCCUCUCUUCUGGCGCAUUGCAAGUAGCUACAACGAGGGUGACUAUGACAGGAGUUUGGACGUUUUCAAAAAGUUUGAUCCGCUAGCAGCUGAAGAACUUAUGAAGAAGGAUCGUUCUACUUGGUGCAGGGCAUUUUUCCGGAUAGGAGGUGCUUAUGAGUGUGUUGAAUUUUCAAAUGGUUACACGGUGAAUUUGCCUUGUCGUAGCUGCGCUUGUAGGAAAUGGAACUUGUCUGGAAUCCCAUGUCGCCAUGCUGUAUUUGUUAUCCGUGAAAAUGGUUUCGAGGUUGAAGAUUAUAUUUCAGAUUAUUAUCUGACAUCGAAGUGGCGAGGUUUGUACAUGGAUGGGUUGGGGCCUGUAAUUGGUCCAAGGUUUUGGAAGCUAUCUGGUGAAGACCAUAUUGAAGCAACACCAUACAAGAGACCGCCUGGAAGACCAAAGGGGAAGGCAAGGAUUAAAGGAUCUGAUGAAAGCAGAAAGCAUAGGCGUCUCAACAUGGAACAACAAUCACAUGAGCAAGCAAUCGAGGACGUUUCCUCAACUGCACCACCUGCUACACAACCUUGA